CUCGACUCACCGCUGGGCGGGGUCUGGUGCCAUCUGAGGACGCCGGCUGCGGGAGUGGACAUGGCGGCCGGCCGCGUCGGGGCCGUGCUGGCCGCCCUGGGGGUGCUCAGUGUGUGUGGGGCCAGCGGUGCUGGGUCCGCGGCGGCGGAGGAGGCGGCGUGGGCGGAACCGUGGGACGGCACGGUGUUCAGGCCGCCCUCGGCGCUGGGCGCGGUGAGGGUGUCGCGCCGGCCUGGGACCCCGCAGCCGGAGCAGGAGGAGGCCGUGAACUUGCCAGUGCUCCUGUGGUGGAGCCCAGGGCUGUUUCCCCACUUCCCAGGCGACUCCGAGCGCAUCGAGUGCGCGCGCGGCGCAUGCGUGGCGUCCCGAGACCGACGGAUGCGGGCCGACUCGCGGACGCGGGCGCUGCUCUUCUAUGGUACCGACUUCCGAGCUUCGGAGGCGCCGCUCCCGCGGCUGGCGCACCAGAGCUGGGCGCUUCUGCAUGAGGAGUCUCCCCUCAAUAACUUCCUGCUGAGCCACGGCCCGGGCAUCCGCCUCUUCAACCUCACCGCCACCUUCAGCCGCCACUCGGACUACCCGCUGCCGCUGCAGUGGUUGCCGGGGGCUGCUUACCUGCGCCGCCCCGCGCCUCCGCUUUCCGAGCGCGCGGAGUGGCGCCGCUCCGGCUACGCGCCCGUGCUCUAUCUGCAGUCCCACUGCGACGUGCCCGCCGACCGCGACCGCUAUGUGCGCGAGCUCAUGCGCUACAUCCGGGUGGACUCGUACGGGAAGUGCCUACAAAAUAAGGAGCUGCCAACUGCGCGGUUGCAGGACACAGCCACGGCCACCACCGAGGAUCCUGAGCUCCUGGCUUUCUUGUCCCGCUAUAAGUUCCACCUGGCCCUCGAAAAUGCUAUCUGCAACGACUACAUGACCGAAAAACUGUGGCGCCCCAUGCAUCUGGGCGCUGUGCCGGUGUACCGCGGCUCCCCCUCUGUGAGGGACUGGAUGCCCAACAACCACUCCAUCAUCCUUAUCGACGACUUUGAGUCCCCUCAGAAACUGGCGGAGUUUAUUGACUUUCUGGACAGAAACGACGAGGAGUAUAUGAAAUACUUGGCCUACAAACAACCCGGGGGCAUCACCAACCAGUUCCUCCUGGAUAGCCUGAAUCAGCGGGAGUGGGGAGUGAACGAUCCUCUACUUCCUAACUACCUUAAUGGCUUUGAAUGUUUCGUCUGUGACCAUGAACUGGCUCGACUAGACGAGGAGAAGGCUCAUGCAGCCUCUCUUGGGGACAUCCCUGUCCCUGAGCCUCACAUUGCUCAGCCGUCACACAUGGACUGUCCGGUCCCCACACCUGGCUAUGGCAACGUGGCAGAGAUUCCUGAGAAUGACAGGUAGGGGUUGCUGGCAUUGCCCUGAGCAGCUGUCAGACCAAAUGACUUAUUAUUUGCUUACUGUGAGCCAGAAACUAACUAGCACUAGGUAUUGAGGGGAGCAGGAGGAAAUCAUGACAUGGGCUCGUUCUGCCUGCAAGGUGUGAAGUAGUUUAUGAGGCAAACUGAAAAAGAUAAAGAUAGGAAAUAGAGGUAAGUGACAACAUAUGAAAAUCAGCUUGUGUGAACAAUGUUUGCAAUAGGAGGCCAAAAGGUUUGAAUCCCAGUGGAGGGCCUGUGUGGGAAAGUGAUGAGGGAGAGAGAAGGUUGGGUAGAUGAACUGGGCCAAGGCCGUUAAGUAGCUCAAAAUUUUGGAGUAGACACAGAAUUCCGGGGAGAUAGCUCAGUGAAAUGAGUGCAUGGUC